CCAUGUUUGGUGCAAGUGCCGGCUGUUUGUAAAUAUUGACAUUGCGUGAGAAGUGGAAAGUCAUAAUGAGCGAGUCAGAAGGGAAGAAAGAAGAGGCAGAAACAAAGAAAAUUAUCCAUACGUAUCCAUUAGUAAGGCACUGCGAUAUGAUUGACGAGAUGAGAGGGGAAGCAAUGGAACUUUGUGUAACAGCAUGUGAGAAGCAUGCUGCGAACAACGAAAUGGCUGCUCGCAUGAUUAAGGAGGCAAUGGAUAAAAAGUUUGGACCAUCCUGGCAUGCUGUUGUUGGUGAAGGCUAUGGCUUUGAAAUAUCUUAUGAGUGCAAGAAUCUUUUGUACAUGUUUUUUGGUGGUAAUGUUGGUGUCUGCGUUUGGAAAUGCUCUUGAAUCUCCAUAAUAUACAUGUACUUGACUGACUGGUGGUGGUGGUGGUGGUGGUGGUGGUGGUGGUGUAGCCCUUGAUUUAUCAAUUGUGCAUGAAUAAAAGUUUCCGGCUUUCAGCUUGUGGAGAGAUGAAGCGCUUACCAUUAAGCAAAACAGAGUAAUUACAAAGUGGAUUUUGCUAAUAACAGGCGAUGAGUGCCAAAAGAAUAGUCCCAAAACAGAAAUAUUUGUCAGUAGCACAAAUGGAAAAAUAUACUGAACCCCCACUUUUGGGUAUGGUAGCAAGAAUUUUAGAAUGAAAUGUAAGAAGGGGAAAAGUAAAGCAAAAAUUAAAAUGUGGCAUUUUGUUAGAAACAGUUACACUGAACGACUUGUUAUUUCUACACAGAUUAAUUUAUUCUCAUGCCACAUUUUUACUUUGUCUUUCUCCAUUACUUUUCCUUUAUAAGCACGUACUGAUCUCCUGUCUGGAUUGUUGCUGAUAUUUGUACCAGACUGCUUUGAGAGAAGAAAUAGUUUGGUGUGUGCAUGGUAUUAAAGAAUAUCUUUGUGAUAUCCUCUUUUUUAAGACAAUACAAAGACAUCUAUCUUACAACAGGCUUUUCCCUCCAUUACUGUUGCAACUUGUCUAUUAACUAU